AUGACCUCCAACGCUGCGAGUGAGAUAUCCAAUCCGGACAACAAAAAGACUCCUCACGACUAUGCUGACAAAGAUGGCCACUUUCGAAGGCCAGACUCCAAGUUCCGUAGCUGGAUCAGCUCAGAGCCAGGCGUCGAGUUCCCAGCGGAGAAGGAUCGAUAUGUGCUCUACAUCAAUUACGGCUGUCCAUGGGCUCACCGCGCUAAUAUCGUCUACCACUUGAAAGGUUUACAGGACAUCGUUCAGCUGGUAGUCAUGGAUCACCACAUGGGCCCUGAAGGAUGGGUCUUCACUCCCGGCAAGCAAGGCCAGCACGAUAAGGAUCCGCUGUAUGGUUUUACCAAGAUCAAGGAUCUCUACAUGAAGGCUAAUCCCGAGUACACUGGUCGAUAUACGGUUCCUACUCUGUGGGAUAAGCAAAUCGAGACCGUAGUCAACAAUGAGAGCUCGGAGGUGAUUCGUAUGUUCUACUCUGCUUUCGAGGAGCUCUUGCCGGAGAAGCUGCGGGAGACGAACAGGCCUGGCGGCGGUCUGCUGCCAUCAAAUUUCAAGGAGGAGAUUGAGCAGCAGAAUGAAUGGGUCUAUAAUCAGAUCAACAAUGGCGUAUAUAAGACAGGCUUUGCCUCCACACAAGAAGCAUACGAGCAGAACGUCAAGACAGUCUUUCACGCACUGGAUCGCAUGGAGGACGUACUCACUAAGAGCGAAGGGCCUUUUGUCUUCGGCAAGCAUCUGACGGAAGCAGAUAUUCGGCUCUACACAACAAUCGUACGCUUCGAUGUGGGCUACCAUACAAUGUUCAGGUGCAACCUCAAGAUGAUUCGACAUGAUUACCCGAACCUUCAGAAAUGGCUGUUGCACUUGUACUACGAUCUCAGUCCAGAGGAGACGAGGAAUGCCUUCGCUCCCACAACACAUUUCGAUGCGAUCAUGGAAGGCUAUGCCGCCGCGAGCAAGUCCAAGAUCGUGCCACUGGGACCACUGCCAUUGAUGAUGCCGAAACCAUAA